UUGUCCUCCUCGCUGCUCCUGAGCUGUCAGGGUGAGAAUUAUCGGUGCUUUAAAAGCAACAGCUGGCGAGCAGGACUCACAUAAACUACUGAUUUACCGCAAACACAGGCAACCUAAUGAGUAGAAGCAACGUGUUGUUACUAUAAGUAUCAGGAGUUUGUUUCUGAAUGGCUUGAAAUCAUACUAUCGAAAAGGUUACAGAAGGAACUGCUAGCCUUGCAGAAUGAUCCGCCUCCCGGAAUGACCCUAAAUGAGAAGAGCGUACAGAACACCAUCACACAAUGGAUUGUGGAUAUGGAAGGAGCCUCUGGUACUCUUUACGAGGGGGAGAAAUUUCAGCUUCUUUUUAAAUUUAGUAGUCGUUAUCCCUUUGACUCACCUCAGGUAAUGUUCACAGGAGACAAUAUACCUGUCCAUCCCCACGUUUAUAGCAAUGGCCACAUCUGCCUGUCCAUCUUAACGGAGGACUGGUCACCAGCUCUUUCGGUGCAGUCUGUUUGUCUUAGCAUUAUUAGCAUGCUGUCUAGCUGCAAAGAGAAGAGGCGGCCUCCCGAUAACUCAUUUUAUGUACGGACAUGUAAUAAAAAUCCAAAGAAGACAAAAUGGUGGUAUCACGAUGAUACCUGUUAAUAUGAACUUUCUUGAACUCCCAGAGGGAAGAAGUCCUACUGACCUAUAAAAGCACUUUUUGAAAUCAUAUGGUCUCUGAACUUUAACCUUGGACUCAAACUCAAGCAUGGACUUAGACCACAAACAUGGGAGAUGAUGUCAGCUGUGUUACCGGUAGCCAGUUGGAUGCAUGUUUGGGAAAACUAAAAAACAGACGAAGAAUGGAAAUAAAUUUUGGAUGGAAACGGACUCGUCAAGGGUCGGUGUGGAAAAACUUAGAUUAAUCCAGGAAGAAGGACUUUUUUUGUUUUUUGUAUUGAGAUUAUUUCUGUCUUGGACCACACAUAUUCCACGUCAUUUUUAUCAUCAAUAUGUUUUAAGGUCCGUGUGUCUUGUGCAAUAACAAAGAUAGGUGCAUAGCAGGGCCAAUAAUGAGAAAUCCAAAUCUAAUUAUAAAAAUCCAAAACCAAUCUGGAAACGAUUGUAGUCUACUUUGCUUUUUCUCUUUCUAUAUAUUCCUACUGAAAUGACAUGCACUGUGAUGAAAGAAAAGACCAGUUCAUUCUGAUUAAGAUACGAUGCACCGCUUCUGAUGUUCCACUGUAAAUAGUUUAAUUUGAGAAAGGUACUGUUUGAUCUCAUUCAUCUCGAGUUCUGAUAUCACUGCAAAAGUUGGUUGCAUUGUCACUUAUGCUUGUUAGGACUGUAAUUGGUCCGCUCGCGCAUUAAAACCAACCUUGACCAUCCAUGAACUUACAUUUACCUCUACCAAGUCAUAUGGGAUGAAACCAGUGUUAGGUAACCCAGUAUAUUGAAUGUUGGCAAGAAAGUUUGGUUUUAGUUGUAUAAAGUGUUUUUGUUAUAAUGCGCAAGCGCAAAUCUAUUUUAAACUUCCAUUUUUAAAUUUUGCUUCAUCUUUAUCAUGGUGCAAGUAAUGAAACAGUUGAAGAAUGGCAGUUCGAGAGUGUACGUCUUAUUUAAUUUUGGGUACCUGUUUUAUUCGCAGUAACCUAGUUUGGAAGUUUUUGUGGUUUAUAUAUUCUCAAGACAACGUUGAUUAUCCUGGUCAUACUUUGCCUGUGGGGGUGUAACGGUACACAAAUAUGACGUACUCACCUCGGGUUUUAACGUCACGGUUCGAUAUGAUUUUGGUACAGCAGGGGAAAAAAUUAAACUUUUUUUUUUUUUUUAAAUAAACAGUGGUUUACUAAACAACUCUCACUUUAAAUACAUUCAGUUAUAAUUAAGAUUUUCUUAGUGAUAAAAAUCUACUUCAGCUUAUGCUUUAAACUAUAGGGAGUCACUUUACAUUAUAAGUUUACAACUUAACCCAAGCUUAAAUUUAAUUGCUAUUUACUUUUAAAUAUAAUAAUCAACACUUAACUUUAAAAAAAUGUAUGCAAACAUGUAAAUUGCAUAUAAUUAAAUUAUAAAAAUUCACGUUUCACAACAUAAAUUUAAACAUGCAUUAAAUAAUUAAGACUAGCAGGUAAAUUACAGUAUGUACAAUAUAUUUCGUGUAAUAUUUCGCGAAGUGCUCUUCCCUAAACUUCGUUUCUCUAGUGAACUAACAAACUGUGGAUACCGAUGACUUGCCUGAGGUAAAUGAUAUGCUGCGUGACGUUUUAUUUCCAUGCUGUUUUGUUGACGUCUUUCCGCGGUUGAAAAACCCUUUGAGCGAUUCCAUGAGGCGUGUAGAUGUUCAUUCAUUUUUAUUCGCGUUAAUACUAGUAGUACGGAGAAAGAAAACACCGCGUUCACUCGUUCUCCGCGCUGCCAUUUGAACGGACUCGUCUCUGACGCGGCCACCAGAGCUAAUCGCAUCCACUUUACUCAAUGCUUGUUUAAACCAGCACGUUUUGGAACCAUCCCAAAAGCAGCUCUUCGAGGAGUUUAUACAUUUUCCUGAGGGGAAAAACGCUGUACUGUACUGAAAGACCCGUACCGGAAAUUUUCGGUACAAAUACGUGUACCAUUACACCCCUGCUUGCCUGGCUCAGGUAAUUUUUCAAGUAUGAAAAAACACAAAUAUUCCUAAAUAUUUUUCCUUUGAUAAUAUUUUCUCUUAAGGUACUGUUACAUAGUUUAGGAGGGGAAAAUGAUUCAUAUAACUCGUAAAAGUGAAAUUAAUUAACCUCGACGCAUGGUCUACUUGUAGAUAGACAAAUUAUGUUAUUGCAAAGCACAUAUUUGAUAACGUUUGGAUCCUGCACUUUUUCCAAAAAUUAUUUUAUUUCUCCAAAAAUGAGUGUUAUUGGGUAGAAAAAAACACUUUCUGUCCCCAACAGUUGUAUAUGUUUAAUGUACUGAUUGGUAAUGUGAGAUUUCACACUGUUUAUUAACUUCAUACACUCCAAAGAUGUAUUUUUAGCCAUCCGUUCAGAAAUACUUGAAUAUUCCAAACCUGGUUGGCUUGUCUUCUUUUCCAUUGUCUGUGGUACAGUGUACUUAGACUUCCAAGUGAAUGUGUUGGUGUAGAAAAAAAAAAUGGAGAUGGCCAUGACUCUUCCCUCUGCACACAAUAUCAGGAUACUUCUUUUAAUUUUAAACAUGUAAUUGUCCUUACUACUGAAAGAAAAUGUGUGGAAAUGACAACAGGGCUAAACUUGAAUGUGUGUUUGGUGGCUGAGAAAAAUAUUGACACCUGUCAGCAUUUGAAAGGAAGUCAAUAAGUGUACACACUUAUGUUUAAGUAGACUUGGGUAUCUUAAAAAGUUUUCUUUUUUUGCUAAUGAAAGGUUCUAUUUAAAUUGGUUUGCCAGUUGUAGGAGGUGAUAGGAGUUAUUGUUUUUCUAAGUCUUUCUUUGAUUUUUUUUUUUUUUUUUUGGUAUGUACAAAUUAUGUAAGUUGUUCCUGUUAAUUUAAAGAAUAAAAAUACAGGUUUUGA